AUGUUUAUUAAAACUAUAAUUGAAGAUUUACCAACCGAAUUAUGGUUAGAUAUAUUCACUUAUUUAAAUAUUAAAGAACAAUUCAAUGGAUUUUAUAAUCUUAAUCAACGAAUAAAUCAAUUUCUACUUAAUUAUCAUUAUCAUGUUAACUUAAAAAAUAAUGAUGAAAAUAGUCAAUAUUUAUUUGAAUAUAUUUUAUCACAAUUACCACAUCUUGAAUCUAUUUCAAAUUUAAGAUUGGAAAAUAUUAAUAAGAUGAAUUUAUUUCAAAAUGUUAAACGAUUACAUUUUCCUUGUCUUAAGUCUUUAACACUCUGUCGUUUAUAUAUUACAAAUGAUAUUCUUGAUUUAAUUAAUUUUUAUGCUCCUUAUCUUGAAUAUUUAAAUGUAAGUUUGUUAAUAUCAAGUAAAUGGAAUAUACUUAUUAAAUUAAUUUUAUCAUUACCAAAAUUACAUAGAUGUUAUCUAAAUCUUGGUAUUGGUUUAUGUCCUAUUAAAUCAUUGAUUUCAUCAAUAAGUCCUAUAAAAUAUUUGACUUUACUUGGUUCAAAUCAAUUUUGUUCUAUGAAAAAUCUUGUUGCUCUUUUUUAUUAUCUUCCUUAUUUACAUUCAUUAUAUAUUGAAUGUGAUCAAUUAAAAUUCAAUGAAAUUAUUCAAGAUCAAUAUUCUAAUAAAUUAUUAUCUCUUUCAAAUUUUUCUCUUCAAAUUAAUCAUUUACCAGAAUUAUUUAUUAAUUUAAUCGAUUUUAUAACAAUAACAAUGCCUUAUAUAGAAAAACUAAAAAUUAAAUGUUGUAAUCCAUUAAAAAAUCUAGUCUAUAUUAAUAUUUAUCAAUGGAUAAAAGCAAUUGAUUUAUUAAUACAUUUAAAAGAAUUAAUAUUAAUUAUUACACCUGAAAAAACAAUUAAAAAACAAACUUGGAAUAGACGAAUUGAACAAUUAAUACAAUUUACUAAUAUGAGACAUAUUACCUUACAAAUUAUUUCAUCAACAAAAACAUAA